UUCACGCUAAGGCUGCGCGGGGGGCUGGGCUGCGGGUGGGGAGGUGCGUUCCCAACGGUUCCCGCGGCGGUUCGAACUCGGCUCAACCGGGAUUCUCUGGUUUCCCAUAGUGUGUCUGGCGUUCGGCGCUUGGGGCCGGGGAGAGGGUCGCAGGUUUCCGAACGCAAAGGAGAGCGCGGCGUGCGCCGUCGUUGGUGGGUCUCUCUCACAGCUACGACUUGUGGUGAGCGACUGCCCCUGGAGGGUGGAAACUGGCCUACCUGAGGAGGACUCCUAACCUUUUGGAGGUUGAAAUGUCGUCAGAAUUCUAGAAGGGUGAUCAAAGAGAAGCUUCAAUGACAAAGAAAUGGAAUCUAGUUCAUCAGACUUCUAUAAUAAAGAUAAUGAAGAAGAAAGUUUGCUGGCAAAUGUUGCUUCCUUAAGACAUGAACUGAAGAUAACAGAAUGGAGUUUGCAGAACUUAGGGGAAGAGUUAUCUAGUGUUAGUCCAAGUGAAAAUUCUGAUUAUGCUCCUAAUCUCUCAAGGUCUGAAAGACUCAUUUUGGAAGAUCUUUCUCACCCUAGCCAUCUGGGACUUUUGAAUUACUCAUCUCAUAAAAGAGUUUGUAAAAUGCCCAAUAGUGGUACUGAUUUUCAAAAAAAGCCAAGAGAUAAGAUGUCUUUUUCAUCUUCUACCCCUGUGGAUCAGGAAAUCAGAAGUCUUCGAGAGAAACUUAAUAAACUUAGGCAACAGAAUGCCUGUUUAGUUUCACAGAAUCAUUCUUUAAUGACUAAAAUAGAAUCUGUCCACUUUGAAUUGACACAGUCAAGAGCAAAAGUUUCUAUGCUUGAAUCUGCUCAAAAACAGGCAGCCAAUGUACCAAUCUUAGAAGAACAGAUUAUAAAUUUGGAAGCAGAAGUUUCAGCCCAAGAUAAAGUUUUGAGAGAGGCAGAAGAUAAAUUAGAGCAGAGUCAGAAAAUGGUAAUUGAAAAAGAACAGAGUUUGCAGAAGUCCCAAGAGGAAUGUAUAAGGUUGAAGGUGGACUUACUUGAACAAAGUAAACAAGGAAAGAGAGCUGAACGACAAAGGAAUGAAGCACUAUAUAAUGCUGAAGAGCUAAGUAAAGCUUUCCAACAUUAUAAAGAAAAAGUGGCUGAAAAAUUGGAAAAGGUUCAAGCUGAAGAAGAAAUAUUAGAGAAAAAUCUAAUUAAUUGUGAAAAAGAAAAUAAAAGGCUACAGGAAAAGUGUGGUCUGUAUAAAAAUGAAUUUGAAAUUCUAAAAGAGAAAUUAAGGCAGUUAAAAGAAGAAAAUAAUAAUGGGAAAGAAAAAUUAAGGAUCAUGGCAGUGAAAAAUUCAGAAGUCAUGGCACAACUAACUGAAUCGAGACAAAGUAUUCUGAAGCUAGAGAGUGACUUAGAGGACAAAGACGAAAUACUUAGAGAAAAAUUUUCUCUAAUGAAUGAAAACCGAGAAUUAAAAGUUCGUAUUGCAACACAGAAUGAGAGACUGGAUUUGUGUCAGCAGGAAAUAGAAAGUUCGAGGGUAGAACUGAGAAGUUUGGAAAAAAUUAUGUCCCAGUUGCCUUUAAAAAGAGAAAUAUUUGGUUUUAAAUCACCUCUUUCUAAGCACCAGAUGAGUAGUUUGUCAAAUAAGCAAGACAGUUACAUUGGCUGCUGCGAAACAAAUAAAAUGGUGAUUUCGGAAUUGAGGAUUAAACUUGCAAUAAAAGAGGCAGAAAUUCAGAAGCUUCAGGCAAACCUGACUGCAAAUCAGUUAUCUCACAAUCUUACUGCUUGUAAUGACUGCCAAGAAGGUCGCAAAUUAAAUAGUUUAGAAAUAGAACCUGUAAAACUAGGUAACCAAGUAGAAAGUUUAAAAGAUCAAAAUCAGCAUACUAUGAGCAAGCAAUAUGAAAGAGAAAGGCAAAGACUUGCUUCUGGAAUAGAAGAAUUACGUGAUAAGUUGAUGCAAAUAGAAGCUGAGAAUUCUGAUCUGAAGGUUAACAUGGCGCACAGAACUAGUCAGUUUCAACUCAUUCAAGAGGAGCUGCUAGAGAAAGCUUCAAACUCUAGCAAACUUGAAAGUGAAAUGACAAAGAAAUGUUCUCAACUUUUAACUUUAGAGAAACAGCUAGAAGAAAAAAUAGUUGCUUAUUCCUCCAUUGCUGCAAAAAAUGCAGAACUGGAACAGGAACUUAUGGAAAAGAAUGAAAAGAUUAGGAGCCUGGAAACCAAUAUAAAUACAGAGCAUGAGAAAAUUUGUUUAGCUUUUGAAAAGGCAAAGAAAAUUCAUCUUGACCAGCAUAAAGAAAUGGAAAAGCAGAUUGAACGACUUGAAUCUCAGCUAGAGAAAAAAGAACAACAAUUUAAAGAACAAGAAAAGACUAUGUCUAUGCUGCAGCAAGAUAUAAUAUGUAAACAACAUCAUCUUGAAUCACUAGACAGACUCUUGACAGAAAGCAAAGAGGAGAUGGAAAAGGAAAAUGUGAAGAAAGAUGAAGCUUUAAAAGCAUUACAGAACCAAGUAUCUGAAGAAACGAUCAAGGUCAGACAACUAGAUUCAGCACUGGAAAUUUGUAAGGAAGAACUUGCCUUGCAUUUGAACCAAUUGGAAGGAAAUAAAGAAAAGUUUGAAAAACAGCUAAAGAAGAAAUCUGAGGAGGUAUAUUGUUUACAGAAAGAGCUGAAGAUUAAAAAUCACAGUCUUCAAGAAACUGCUGAGCAAAAUGUUAUUCUGCAGCAUACUCUUCAACAACAACAGCAAAUGUUACAACAAGAGACAAUUAGAAAUGGAGAGCUAGAAGACAUUCAAACGAAACUUGAAAAACAGGUAUCAAAACUGGAACAAGAGCUUCAGAAACAAAGGGAAAGUUCAGCUGAAAAGUUGAGGAAAAUGGAGGAGAAAUGUGAAGCAGCUACAUAUGAAGCAGAUUUGAAAAGGCAAAAAAUUAUUGAGCUUACUGGUACUACCAGGCAAGUAAAACUCGAGAUGGAUCAAUACAGAGAAGAGCUAUCUAAAAUGGAAAAAGAAAUAAUGCACCUAAAACGAGAUGGAGAAAAUAAAGCAAUGCAUCUCUCUCAGUUAGACAUGAUUUUAGAACAGACAAAGACAGAACUAGAUAAGAAAACAAGUGCUGUGAAGGAUUUAGAAAAGUUACAGCACCACACUGAAACUGAGCUAACAGAAGCCUUGCAGAAACGGGAAGCGCUAGAGACUGAACUGCAAAAUGCUCAUGGAGAAUUAAAGAGUACUCUAAGACAACUCCAGGAAUUGAGAGAUGUUCUGCAGAAGGCUCAAUUAUCAUUAGAGGAAAAAUAUACUACAAUAAAGGAUCUCACCGCUGAACUUAGGGAAUGCAAGAUGGAGAUUGAAGACAAAAAGCAAGAACUUCUUGAAAUGGAUCAGGCACUUAAGGAAAGAAAUUGGGAGCUAAAGCAAAGAGCAGCUCAAGUUACACAUUUGGAUAUGACUAUUCGUGGGCACAGGGGAGAAAUGGAACAGAAAAUAAUUAAAUUAGAGGGUACUGUGGAGAAAUCAGAAUUGGAACUUAAAGAAAGCAGCAGACAGAUAGAAAGUUUGAAUGAAAAAUUGCAAAAUGCCAAAGAACAACUUCGAGAAAAAGAGUUUAUAACACUACAAAAUGAACAAGAGAUAAGUCAACUGAGAAAAGAAACUGAACGGGCCCAACAAAAGAUGAAAGAAAUGGAAAGUGUUAUGAAAGAGCAGGAACAGUACAUUGCAACUCAGUACAAGGAGGCCAUAGAUUUGGAGCAAGAAUUGAGACUAACUCGGGAGCAGAUGCAGAACUCUCAUACAGAAUUGGUGGAGGCUCGUCAUCAACAAGUCCAAGCACAGAGAGAAAUAGAAAGGCUCUCAAGUGAACUUGAGGAAAUAAAGCAACUCUCUAAAGAGAAAGAAGCUCAUGGAAAAUAUUUAGCUGAAGAAUUGGGGGCUUCUCAAGUACGUGAAACUCAGUUAGAAGCAAGAAUGCAAGCAGAAAUCAAGAAAUUGUCAACAGAAGUAGAAUCUCUCAAAGAAGCAUAUCAUCUAGAGAUGAUUUCACAUCAGGAAAACCAUGCAAAGUGGAAGAUUUCUGUUGAUUCUCAGAAGACUUCUGUUCAGCAACUAAACGAACAGUUAGAGAAAGCAAAACUAGAACUAGAAGAAGCCCAGGACACGGUAAGCAGUUUGCAUCAGCAAGUGCAAGACAGGAAUGAAGUAAUUGAAGCUACAAAUGAAGCAUUGCUUAUUAAGGAAUCAGAAUUAACCAGAUUACAAGCCAAAAUUUCUGGACAUGAAAGGGCAGAAGACAUCAAAUUUCUACCAGCCUCAUUUACAUCUCCAGUAGAAAUUACGCCUGAUAUUCAAGAUUCAAAAUUAGCUAAGCAUUCUCACACAGCUUUUUUCAAGUGUAGAAAACUACGUCGCUCUAUUAGUGCCAGUGAUCUUAGUUUCAGAACUCAUAGUGAUGAAGAUCUUUCUGAAGAAUUACUACAGGACUUAAAAAAAAUGCAAUUGGAACAACCUUCAACAUUAGAAGAAAGCCAGAGAGAUCUAACUUAUACCCAGUCAGACUCAUUUAAACCUCUCACGUAUGACCUCAAUGAUGAUAAUUCUGAGAAUAAUGACUUCAGUACUCUGAGUGGAAUGCUAAGAUACAUAAACAAAGAAGUGCGACUAUUAAAAAAAUCUUCUAUGCAAACAGGUGCUGGUUCAACUCAGAGUUUUAGCUGGGCUCAGUGGCCAGACACUAUAUUUCCCAGCCUCUUCAGUGACUUAAGUUCUCAUCAGAAGGCUACAAGCGGAAAUGUGUAUAACUUCAGGCCUGGGCAUUAAAAUAUUAUAUAUGUGCUCCUCCAAGGUCUUUUCCUUUCUCUUAAGCUGGAAUUGCCUGCAACCAACUUCAGUCAUGUAGAUGAGGAAACCACCGUAGGAGAUGGCAGAAAAAUGAAAUAGAAAGAACCUGGGUGCUUACGUGACCUCAAGCAUUCUCCUUGGAUUAUUACAUAAGAGAGAAAUAAAAUUCUGUCUUUUUGAAACCACUGAGUAUUGAGGAUCUCUAUGUAAAGUAGCUUAACCUUACCCUAAUUUUAUGCCAUUGCCUAAAGAUUCUUUGUAUUAAUCUUUAUCUCCACAUGGAUCAAAUCUUCACUACUCCUAAGUCUAUCAUGACACCCAUACACAGAUACAUAUUUUGCAGGUGACUUUACCUCUACUUCAAAGAAAGAAUGGCAGCCAUCAGACAAUUUCUACAAUUUCCUGCCCCUGCAUUUACAGACUUAAUCUGCACUCAGUUUACCUCUUGUUCACCUGAGUGAAGUUUAGGUUUCCCUCUAGGUAAUCUGUUUACCUUUAUUUUGAAUCCCUCUCUGUAUCCUCAGGGACUUAUCCCCUUCAUCAAUAAUUUCCUCUCAUCCCUCUUGUCAACUGUUAAUUUUUUUCCCCAUCAACAUUAAACAUAUCCAAGUCUCACCUAACCUAAAAAAGAAAAAUCUUUUCCUCAGUCUCACAUCCUCAGUCUAGCUUCCAUUCCAUCAUGUACUUACAUGGCCCAUAUUCUUGAAAGAGUUCAUUAAAUUAACUGUUUCUGUUUCAUUUCCCCUCCCUUCUCAUGUGCCUGCAAGAGAUCCAGCUUUUUUGGUUAUUUCCCAGAUAUAUCCCAGAACCUCCCAUGAAUGCUUUAUAUCCUUUAAAUUCAUUCUAGUUGUCAGAUAUCACCUAAGCCAGAGAGGCAAAGCUAACAGGAUAAGUAUCCUUGUUGGCCAUAGCAAACAUUUGAUUUAUUUUAAAACUAUUCAAAAGAUGCAUGCAUAAUAGAUGAGACCAUAUUAUUUUGUUUCCAGUUGAUGUCCAAUUAAUUUCACUUUGCUUGGAUUCCAUUGUUACCAUGUAACCUUAUAAGUAUACAUUUGCUUCACACAAGCUUUUUAUUAGUAAGAUGAGACUGUGAUAGUGUGUCAGUAUGACUGUCUAGUAAAUUUCAUUUACAAAUUAUUUGGGUUAAAUAUCAGUCUUCUAUGAAUGAUUGCCAUGUAUCAGUUUUUCUAAAUAAAUAGAUUUUGUUAUCUACAAAGCUGAGUAUCAAGCUAUAAGCCACAGUAGGUUUAUGAGGGAAUACCAUAACAUGGCUCUCUUUUGAGGGGUCAGUUUACUGUCUGAAGGUAAAGCCUUACAGCUUGCUAUACAUAUUUAAAAAAAAUAUGUAUUAGAGUGAACACAGUGUAGACUUAGGACAAAUAAAACAACUUUUUGUUGACAGGGAAGAGGGGUAUUGUUCUUAAAUCUAGCCUUUCUCAAGGGGAGAUUUUUAAGAGCAAGGGGGCACCAAAUAUUGUACUUAAUGGAUUGGCAAAACAACUAUAGGAUAAAAGCGAAGUAUAAUUUAAAGGUGAGGGAGUACUGGAAAAUCUUAGAAUUAGGGCAAUAAAAGUGUGCUAUGCUUAGUCGCUCAGUCAUGUCUGACUCUUUGUGACCCCAUGGACUGUAGCCUGCCAGGCUCCUCUGUCCAUGGGAAUUCUCCAGGCAGGAACACUGGA